GUGAAAAUACAUUACGUCACAAACAUUUUCAUUGCAAGAGCUGAGAAUUGCAUUGCUGAGAACAACAAAGUCAUUCAAGUCAAAUGCAAAACGAUUGCAUGAAACGAAAACCAAAGAACAGUAAAAACCAACUAGCACGAUAAUGCAACAUCCCUCUAAACACGAACAGUAUAUCUGGUCCAUUGUCCUUCUUCUCGAAGCCUUGGUCAUCCUAGUUGGUAAUGUUGUAGCGCUUAAGAUUUUCUUAAAACGAAAAUUUCUGAUCAACAAACCCUGUUUCUUGCUGGUGAAUCUUACAUUCGCUGACUUAGUUGUUGGGUUAUCAUCAACUGUGAUUUGGUUUGUAAGAACAGUCCUUCAUGGUGGAGGUCAAGAUCGUAUAUUUCUUACUCUUAGUCGACUUUUGUUUUUGAUUCCAUUGGCUUCAUUGUCCUCUUUGGCUGUCAUUUCCAUUGAAAGAGCUGUGGCUGUUCUUAUGCCCUUCCGCCAUCGUGUGGCCACUAAUCGACAUUAUUUCGUUGCAAUUGGAUUGUCUUGGGUUACUUUCGCUAUACUUACGAUUGUUGGUAAUCUUGUUCACAUUAAGAAAUUCAAAGACGCUAUGUACUUCAGCGUGAUCGUCUUUCUUCUUCUUAUCCUUACAGCAUCCUACGUGUCUAUCUACAUCAAAAUGAAAUUCUUUCCUGCCCUAGAGCAAAGUAGAACCAGGCAGUAUCAGUUCAAGUUGUCAAAAACGCUUUUCCUUACCACUGUUGUUUCUGUUAUGGCUUGGUUUCCUUUCGCAAUAGUUCAGUGUUACUUCUAUUUUUGUGACUAUCGAUGCAAAAGAGACAUUCCUGACAUUUGUUUAAAGUUAGCUUUGGUAGCACAGCUGAGUAACUCAUUCCUGAACUUGGUUGUGUAUUCAUUUAGACUGCCUGAGUUUAGGAAAGAAUUGAAGAYAAGCUUCUGCAGAUGUCCCAGAAGACAUCGUGUUCACCCUAUUAGUAGGGCUGAUGCAUUUUGCCUUGAUACAAGAGUUUCGAAUAUUAAUUGACGAGUCUCGUCUCGCAUAAAAGCUACUAAACCAGAUACUGAAAGCCCUAGAGAUCAGCUAUCAUU